CGCAAGUUUACUGGUUCAGCAAAAAUCAGAAAAAUAUAAGCAAGAGUCCGUCCAUAGAUUGACACCAAACCAGUCCAAAGCGAGCAAGUUAUAGAGCGGAUUGUAUCCGUUAAAUCAGAUGAAUUUGAUCCGUCGGAUCUAGGUUUUUUCUUUUCAACACCGCCUAUUUAUAGCCUCUCCGGCGCGGUGCGUCGCUCUUUGCUGCCUCGAAGUAGAGAAGAGAAAGGGGGAGGGAGAGUGCGGAGGCCGAGAUGGUGCAGCGAUUAACGUAUCGGAAACGCCACAGCUACGCCACCAAGUCGAACCAGACUAGGGUUGUCAAAACCCCAGGUGGGAGGCUUGUGUACCAGUACACCAAAAAGAGAGCCAGCGGACCGAAAUGCCCGGUCACUGGCAAGAGAAUCCAAGGGAUUCCUCACUUAAGGCCUGCUGAGUACAAGAGGUCCAGAUUGUCUAGAAAUCGGAGGACUGUGAAUCGUGCUUAUGGUGGUGUUUUAUCUGGAGGUGCAGUCCGAGAAAGGAUCAUCCGAGCUUUUCUGGUGGAAGAGCAGAAGAUUGUUAAGAGUCUGAAGAUCCAGAAGGUCAAAGAGAAGCAGGCCUCAAAGAGCUGAGACAGUAAAAGCAGAAAAGCACAAUGCUUUUUGAGAUUUUGUUUACUCAAAAGAAAUUUUUGAUUUUAUGGGCGAUAAUUAAUGAUGCAAAGUGAUUGGGUGGAAGUGUGGUGAGUUUACUAUUGCAUUUAGAGAUUGUUUCCUAUAGCUUGUGAUGGAUUCGUUUUCUAGAAGUUUUGGGACAUCUGUUCCCUUUGCUUUGUACUGAUUAUUUGUUUAUGUCUGAAGCUUCCGUUUUGAAUUCCCUCC